AUGGGCUUACUCUGCAGCAGAAGUCGACAUCAUACAGAAGAUACUGAUGAGAAUGCACAGGCUGUUGAAAUCGAAAGACGGAUAGAGCAAGAGGCAAAAGCUGAAAAGCAUAUCCGGAAGCUUCUGUUACUUGGUGCUGGAGAAUCUGGAAAAUCUACAAUUUUUAAGCAGAUAAAGCUUCUGUUUCAAACGGGAUUUGAUGAAGGGGAACUAAAGAGCUAUGUUCCAGUCAUACAUGCCAAUGUCUAUCAGACUAUAAAAUUGUUGCAUGAUGGAACAAAGGAAUUUGCUCAAAAUGAAUCAGAUUCUGCAAAAUAUUUGUUAUCUGCUGAAAAUAUGGCAAUUGGGGAGAAACUCUCUGAAAUUGGUGGUAGGUUAGACUAUCCGCGUCUUACUAAGGACCUCGCCGAGGGUAUAGAAACACUAUGGAAGGAUCCUGCAAUCCAGGAAACAUGUGCUCGUGGUAAUGAGCUUCAAGUUCCUGAUUGUACAAAGUAUCUGAUGGAGAACUUGAAGAGACUAUCAGAUCUUCAUUAUAUUCCAACCAAGGAGGAUGUUCUUUACGCAAGAGUUCGCACCACUGGUGUCGUGGAAAUACAAUUCAGCCCUGUGGGAGAGAAUAAGAAAAGCGGCGAAGUGUACCGAUUAUUCGACGUGGGUGGACAGAGAAACGAGAGGAGGAAAUGGAUUCAUCUGUUUGAAGGUGUAACUGCUGUGAUAUUUUGUGCUGCCAUUAGCGAGUAUGACCAAACUCUCUUUGAAGACGAGCAGAAAAACAGGAUGAUGGAAACCAAAGAAUUAUUCGACUGGGUCCUGAAACAGCCCUGUUUCGAGAAAACAUCCUUCAUGCUGUUCUUGAACAAGUUCGACAUAUUCGAGAAGAAGGUUCUUGAUGUUCCAUUGAACGUUUGCGAGUGGUUCAGAGAUUACCAACCAGUUUCAAGUGGGAAACAGGAGAUCGAGCAUGCAUACGAGUUUGUGAAGAAGAAGUUUGAGGAACUAUAUUACCAGAACACAGCGCCGGAUCGAGUGGACAGGGUAUUCAAAAUCUACAGAACAACGGCUUUGGACCAGAAGCUCGUAAAGAAAACGUUUAAGCUCGUUGAUGAGACCUUAAGAAGGAGAAAUCUAUUGGAGGCUGGUCUUUUAUGA